UAUCAUUUAAUCUCAUUAUAAAUUAUUAGCAGAAUAUUAUUAUUUUGGUUAUACUUGUUGGUGGUGUUGGCGUGAGUGUGGUGGUACUUAAACAUGGACAGGUUUAUGAAAAGAACAGCAAGCGAACAGCCAAAGCCUGAUGAGGAUCAAAAGGAGAGGAGGCGUGAUGUUUCUAUAGCUUGGGAUUAUUCUAAAAGAAACAGCGAAAAAACCCAUGGGAUAUGCAAUUACUGUGGUAAGCCAAUACAGACGUGCGGAAACACAACAAAUCUAAUGGACCACGUUUAUGCUGAUCGGCUCAAAGAUGGGGGAACUGCACAGAAACCAAACAUGUUAGAAAAGUUUGUUGGAAAAUCGGUUUCCUUUUAUGAAAAUGACUCGAAACGAAAACGUCUCCUAGACAGUAAGGUCAUGAACAUGAUUGCUGUCGAUGUUCAACCUUUUUCUCGUGUUGAGGACGACGGAUUUAAAGAGCUCAUGAAAGAAAUGGAUCCCCGCUACAGGUUACAGUGCUUCCAUCUCAAUAUGAGUCUCUUAACAGUAAACUCCAGUCUGCACUUAACGAUAUUGAUUUUGCCGCCAUAACGACUGACUUGUGGACAUCCAAAAGCAAACGAAGGUUACAUUACAGUUACGUGCCAUUUUGUUUUAAAUAGUUCUACGUUUGUUGGACAAACGAAUUUAUUACAUUAGCUUUGGUAUCUUCUCGUGGUGCUCAUUGCCGUUUUCAGCAGCAGAAGUGGAUAUUUUAAAUGAUAAAUCCGAGUUGCUAUCCACCUUCGAAGAGGCGACGCUUUCUGUGUCUACAAACACAAAAGUAUCAGCGUCCAUAAUUAUCGCUGUCAUAUGAGAACUGAAUCAUAAAAUAAACAAUAUUAAAGUCAACAAAAAAAAAGGCAAAAACAUAUUGACGACCAUCAAGUCACCAUCAGAACCAGCCGGAAAAAUGUGACCCUCUUGCGUACUGGCAGAUUACUACAGAUGGCGACGCGUUUAAAACGUAAG